AUGUCCGCCUAUAUCCCUCAAGACCUGGUUCUAGAAGUUCUCCCCUGGCUUCCCCUAAAAUCUCUUAUCCGAUUCCGAUCCGUCAGCAAUUAUUGGGCCACCCUCAUCGGUACUCCCGAUUAUUUCUCCAAAUGUAUUAUCAACGAUUGUAUUCUCGUCAACCCCACCCAUCCACUCCUCCUCGUAAAACGCGCCCUCAUAUCCACAGACGGAAGGCUGUCUUACUCAUACCUAUGCUACAGCACUCUCGCCUUUGCCUCUGAAAGUCAUCAAGAUCUUCCGUUACAAGGCCCACGUGAUAUCGCCGUUGUGGGUUCCUGUAAUGGCUUUCUCUGCAUCUUUGACUACAUUGAAACGGGCAACAUCGUUGUCUGGAACCCCACCACGGUGGAGCUCAUGAUCUUCCCUCCCGUUUCGGAAGUGGGCACUGUCUUUUUCGGUUUCGACCCGAUACACGACGAGUUUAAGGUUAUGAGGAUUCGCUAUGCGCUGUUCCACUCCCCGGAGAGUGAAGCCAUUGCUCUGGACCGGGAAGUGGAGGUUUAUAGCCUAAGCGGCGGUUCUUGGAGAAAUCUUGUCGUCGAUAUUGAAGUGCCUGAUCUUCGUGAACACGAUCCAGCUUAUACGAAUAGUGUUUGUUUCUGGUUGGCGUUAAAUUGUACAGGGGGCGAGAAGGUUAUUGCGUUCGAUGUGUGCGACGAGGCGUUCCGAACGACGGCGUUGCCCGAUGCUAGCCUUGUUGAAAGCUAUCGUGAAAAUUGGAGGACUCUCAAGGUACUAAAAGAAUCGGUUGCUUUACUAGUUUUUCCUUGUGAAGAUGGUGGGGAGGAGAGUUUCUUGGAUAUAUGGGUGUUGCUCGAGUUUGGUGUUAAAGAAUCUUGGAUUCGGCUGGUGAGGAUCGUACCCAUUUGUUGUAAUGCAUGGCCGUUGGGGUUUUGGAAGAAGGGCGAGUUGCUUAUGGAGAUAGAGGGGGAGCUGGUAUUGUAUGACCCUUUUGCUCAAAGCGUAAGAAAUCUUCAGCUUGAUGGGGAGUGUUUCCAGGUUCUACCUUCCCCGUAG